AUGCUGGGAUCAGUGCGUGUGCGAGGGGCGACCAGUGGCAGCGGGCUCUGGCCCUGUUCAGCGAGGUUUGGGAGGCGAAGCUGGAGCCAUCCGUCGUCUGUCUAUAAUGCCGGGAUCAGUGCAUGCGAGAAGGGGGACCAGUGGCAGCGGGCUCUGGCGCUGCUGAGCGAGAUGUUGGAGGCUAAGCUUGAGCCAACCGUCAUCAGCUACAACGCUGGGAUCAGCUCGUGUGAGAAGGGCGGCCAGUGGCAGCGGGCUCUGGCACUGCUGAGCGAGAUUAAGGCGGCGAAGCUGGAGCCAACCGUCAUCAGCUAUAACGCUGGGAUCAGCGCGUGCGGGAAGGGCGACCAGUGGAAGCGAGCUCUGGCUCUGCUGAGCGAGAUUUGGGAGGUGAGGCUGGAGCCCGACGUCAUCAGCUACAACGCUGUGGUAAGCGCGUGCGAGAAGGGUGACCAGUGGGAGCGGUCUUUGUCACUGCUGAGCGAGAUGUGG